AACGCAUGACAUCCACUGACCCGACCUGCCGCCUACCAUCUGUCUGGCCCAACAGCCAUAUUUCAAUGAUGAUUGUGACAUUCUGGCUCUAGAUGCUCAAUAUAGACCCCGCUGACGCGUCUGUACAAAAGUGACGCGAAAAAGGUACAAUGUGGCUGGCAUAACGUCCAGAUGGGCAAUAAUGAGGAAAUUCUCUUGUCUCUCAUGACAGAAUCGGACAGAUUGAGCUUGCUCUUUGACCGUACCGCGGGGCCAUCAUACGCUCAUAUGAAAGCUCCAACUCUGCUCUUUGCUCUUCAAAUAAUUACACUCUUUUCAACAUGCGACACUCUACGACAGCGCUUUCUGCUGCGGCCUUGAUUGCUACAGCAAGCGCAUUUUCACAGUCAAGCACGAAUAAUCUCGUUGUAUACUGGGGACAAAACUCGGCCGGCUCACAGCAACGACUGUCUAGCUAUUGCCAAGACUCUACCGUUGAUGUCAUUCCCAUCUCGUUCUUGACUGCAUUCGGUGUUGGCGCGUACGAGCUUAACUUUGCCAAUGCAUGCGGUGGAUCUACGAUUCCAGGCUCGAGUCUGAUCGCUUGUGAUCAGAUCGCAGCCGACAUCAAGAUGUGUCAAGCAUCGGGCAAGAAGAUUCUGCUCUCGAUGGGCGGCGCUUCUGGCGCUUACGGCUUCUCCAGUGCUGCGCAGGCGCAGCAGGUAGCCGACGAUCUAUGGAACUACUUUGGUGGAGGUAGCAGCAGUAUUCGACCUUUUGGAGAUUCUCGUGUUGAUGGCUUUGACCUGGACAUUGAAAACAACAAUCCUGCGUUUUACCCAGAAUUCAUCACGCGAAUGCGAUCUCAUUACGCCAGUCAAUCGGCACAGCAAUACUACAUUGCUGGUGCACCUCAGUGUGUUUAUCCUGAUGCAAGUCUUGCAACCGCACUGGCUGGUUCCUGGUUUGAUAUGCUCUUCAUACAGUUCUACAACAACUACUGCGGCCUUUAUCAGUAUGGCAACAACAACUUCAAUUAUGAUGUCUGGGACAAAUGGUCGAGGGAAGUAUCCGUCAACAAGGAUGUCAAACUCUACCUGGGUGUCGCUGCCGCUGUUUCUGCCGCCAAUGCAGGGACCGGCUAUGUCGCUCCUGAAAUCAUGGUCAAGGCCGCCAAGGACUUGCAAGCUGCAUACCCAAAAUCUUUCGGUGGUGUCAUGAUGUGGGAUGCUUCUCAGGCCUAUGCCAAUACCCCUGCUGGCUACAGCAACAAUUAUGCUCAGAUUGCCAAACAGGCUCUUGGUGGCGGUAGUGCCCCUGUUGUCGUGCCGGAUGCACCCAAACCGGCUGUAAUUGUGCCUGAAACGCCAAAGACGACUGCCGUCACUGGUACGCCCAUCAAUGUGGUUGUCACAUCCACCGGUACUGUAAUUGUUGAGACACCUAGUGCGCAAGCUACACCUGACGCAGCUGCGCCAGCCAUCAAGCAGCCCGUUCAGGUAACCCAAGCCGUACCUGCGGGUCCAUCUACGCCAGCUGCUACCAACUGCUACCUCGACUUCUACCCAACUGGCCGUGCCCUCAACAAAGCUACUUUGAUUGCAGAUAACAUGACUGGUGCCAUCUGCUCGGCUUUCUGCGCAUCCAAGGGCUAUGCAUACGCUGGUACUGAGUACUACAAUGAAUGCUACUGUGGCGAUGUCAAGCCAACACAAACAGCAAACAACUGCAACUUCCCAUGCAAAGGCGAUGCUGACCAGAUGUGUGGUGGUGAUAAUGCAUUGUUGGUGGUUUACACUGAGAAUGUUCAGCAGCCGGCUGCAGUACCAGCUGUGCCUGUUGUACCAGUGACUCAGGCCGCUCCUGUUGUUCCUGUCGCUACGACUCCGGCUGCUCAGCCACCCGCUCAGAAUGGUAACGUUUCCCCUGCUCCUGCGCCUGCGCCUGCGCCCGCUCCAGCACCGGUCCCAGCCCCGGCACCUGCUCCUGUUCCUGCCUCAGCACCAGCACCAGCACCUGCGCCUGUGGCCGUCGACAACACCUGUCCCGUCGCUGGUGGCGCUUGCGUCGAAGGUUCCUACCAAUGCAAUGGCUACGGCUACGCGCAAUGUCUCUUUGGACAAUGGAUUCUUCGAGACUGUGGCGCAACGCUGGCCUGUGCUGGUUCAGGCAGCAACAUCUACUGCGACUUUAUCAAUGGCGCUGAAGUCAAAUGCAGUGGUAUUGUUGGCAAGACACACAUGAAACGUGAUGCUUCGAUGGAUGCAAGUGAGGUGGAGCCUGAAGUCAAGACGGUGAUUACGUCGCACAAGUUGAGUGACGAUCGUGUUGGGAUUACUCUACGUGCGCAUGCUGUUGGUAUUGCACCGAUUCGUGAAGGCUGGUUCUUUACAUUCAAAAGCGACAAGCGUAUCACCUCGAGCGAUAUGGGUGUGUUGGAGUAUGAUGCCCGUCAGCAGGUCUACACGGUGUCGAGCGAUCCUGAAGUGGAUAUGCGUCCAACAAGAGAGAUUGUCAUCAAUUUGGAGGGCGAGUACGAGAGCGACACGAGGAGAUGGACAGGCAGCUGGUGGUGAAGCCCUUGUACACGUAGUUACCGUGUCAUCUGAAUGGUUGUAGCGAGAUUUUGAUUUGAUUCGUGC